ACACAUUUUGCAGUUAAAAUCGUCGUCGUCGUCGACGUCGUCGUCGUCGUCGUCGUCGUCGUCGUCGUCGUCGUCGUUGUCGUCGACGUCGUCGUCGUCGUCGUCGUCGACGACGACGACCGCAGUUUUGCCCGGUCUCUUUUUAACAACGAUUUUCACGCGCAAGUCUGCACAACUUCAAAAACUGUAUAUUUGCGCGCGCGUUAACGUAUUUAUCAUGAGAAGUCGGUGAUAUUGUAGAUAUUUUGUAGACACGAUCAGUGUCUUAUUUUUGAAGUAACUUUGUUUGCAAAACUCGAGCGUGUUUCUGCGACACGCGCCUUGACAGCAAACCCUUCCUUUCCUCUCCUUCAUCCCCCCUUUUUAUCCCCCGUCUUUUUCUCUUUCUCUUUCGCCUUCCUUACUGCUCUUUCUGUUCCUCUUAUUUCUUCUCUUGCUUCUUCUCUUACCAAACGUGAAUCUUACGACGAACAUUCGCUCCUUCUCGAAAAAUAACAACUUCUCCUUUCAAAAUAAAUUUCACUCUUACGAGGAUCGGUAAGGAGCACGUGUCUCUCGUGUGUGUUGUGUUACGUGCUACAAAAAAAUGUGAGACACGUAUUGUUCGAAACCCGUGUGUAUUAUGUGCUGCAUUAGGACUACCAUAUUAACCGCACCAAGUUUUAGCGUCAAUGACAUACGCGUUCUGUAUUUCUCUUGGUGCCAUUCUUGAGAACGUUCGAUCCGAAAAUUACUUUCGGUUUCCGACGUACUUUUCAUCGCGUACAUCGCUCUGUCUGAGGAAGACUGUUGUGCUUGGAAUAUCGUUUGAAGUCGGCUCAAAACAAAACACUGGACGAUUGUUCUGUGUCAGGAAAAAUUGGUGAUAGAAUUAUUUUUAGUGCGCACCGUUAGUCUAGUUGUCACAGAUCGUAUAGAUAGAAUUGGUCAAGUUCAUUGCGAAAAGUAUAAAUGGGGUUGUAUCAGUGGAGGCAGCGGGGGAACCCCCUCGCUGAGGAGCACGGAAGUUCCAACUCCGACACCUCCUAUGCCAUUUUUAAGUUCUGAGUGUCCUUUGUAUAAUACGACCAAUCUGCAGGGUCACACUACCCAAAGAUCUAAAUCGCGGACGGAUGCAAUGUUGGAACGUGCUCUGACUCAACCACAGCAUUGUUCCGUGGAUCCGCUUGACAACGCCCUGAGCUGGGGAAUACCUAUCUGGGCAACCGAUAAAAUUCAGGCUUGGCUCGAUAAGAUCUAUGCAUCUCUUAAAGAUACUAAUAGUUUGAAACAUCUACAAGGAACAACGAGCAGGCAUAGGUUCGAAAAAGAUCUUAAAGUCAAGCAUUUGAAAGAGUCAUAUGUCAAGUUUGAAUCUUUCCACAGAGAUACAAGACCUGUAUUUUUGGAAUUAUCAACGUGGCCAACGUUGAACUUUGACGGCGAUCCAGGAACUUGUCCUUUUGACGCAAAGAGGAGAGAGAAACUUGAAAAUAAAACAAAUAAGGAGGUUAAAGAAAACAGAGAAGCUAUUGCAAAUAAAAAAGAAGGUAAAGAGAUGACUCGACGACCACGUACCACUGCAGCUCGUGCUCGUAGAACAGAACAAUUAGGAGCUGGUUAUUGUGAAAUAUGUCGAAUAGAUUAUCGUGAUCUAACGAAACAUGUACAAAGUGAUCAACAUUCGAAUUUUGUUCAAAACGAUGACAAUUUUCUCUCUUUGGAUACAUUAAUCAAUACAAGUGCCAGUGUAGAGGCAUUUUUGAAACUGAACAGAACAAAAGAUAUCGGAGAAGAAUGCAAUAUAUAUCCAACUGAAGAUCGUACUCUUCGCGAUGUACUGCCAGAGGAAAAGGUCACUAAACAUGAAAAGACUUUAAAUAAUUUUUCUGUACAAGGAAUAGACAUGGUGCAGUGCAAUGGAACGAGAAGAAAUCUUAAUUUAAAAUUAAAUUCUCCUCACAACUUGCGAACGCGUGCAAAACACGAAAGUGGACAUUUAUUGAGAUCAAAGGGUAGCCCUUGGCACGAAGUCGAUAAGAACGAAAAAUUUUAUGACAGAUUCGAGGGUUUUACUAUAAAAAAGAGAGCGAAGGGAACCAUUUGGAUCGAAGAAGAAGAUCCGGAAAAUAAAUACUCGCAAGCAAAUGACAUUAAAAACUCUGACCAAGUAGAUUAUAAUAAUAUUAAAUCGCCGGGAAAAGAUGUAAAUGGCAUCAAUCAACGUGGGUAUGGGGAUAAUAAUUCUGUAAAUAAAAGACAUAAUGGUACAGAUAAUCAGGAUAUUAAAGAAUUAGAUGGAAGGGUUCCAACUAAUGAACAAAAUGUUGUGUUUAAUCCUGAGCUUCCUUCAAAGAAUGCAAACGAUGUAAAUGUUAAUAUUCACGGAGAGAUUAAUGAGAAUAGAAGAUCUACUUUGUUAAAAAAUAAUGUAAAUAUAAAUGGCUUAUCUGAUAAGAAUAAUCGUAUCGAAUCAUGGAAAUCUAUAGACGGUAAAGUAAAGUUUGAUGGUGUAAAGCACGAGUUGGAAUUACAAAGAGUCCGAUCAGACGAUGAAAGAGUUGGGAAUGAUCGUAAUGAGAAGGGAUCUGAAGUAGUUUGUAAUAAUGGCCAUACGGAGAACAACCAAAAAGAAUUUAAAACGUUACAAUGUACGGAAAAAGAAUUAGGUUGUGAGAAACUCCGAUCGCCUAGAGCUGGUAGAAGGGGUGGUAGAAGUUUUCGCGGACGUCAUAGAUUGUCGGUCGAAGAACGGCUGAUCGAGGAUAAUCGUGCAUAUUACAAAGUCGAAGUAUUAGGAAGUAAGUUACGAUCGAGCACGUUACCAGGCAAUAAUAACGCAUCAAAUCCUACAAUUAAGGAUGCGGACGAGGGUGAAAAGAAGGAACAGCCAUCCAGUGAAAAACCAGUCGUCGUAAGAUUCAAACGCGUAAGAAAAUCUGAACUCUCCUUGCUCAGCGACGAGGCCGAGUCUUUCAUGUUUGGAGAACCUAAGCGCGAUGACACCAGCGAAGUUAGCGACGAAGAACAAGCCAGCAUUUUACCGAGAGAUACCGAAAGCGAAUACAACGAGACUGUCAGUUCCGACAUACUUAGUUCGAGUUUGGAUUCCAGUCCUCGGAUAAAACAAGAGAUUUUGGAAGAAGAUUCACAGGAUUCUGUAAAUCUUGGCAGAGCGAGGAAAAGAAGACGGACACAGGCAGAGGCGCUUAUCAAAGACAACGCUGAUUACUACAAGUUCGAGACACCUGGCAGUAGACUGAGAUAUCAGGCACCUUUAACGGGGGUCAAGGUACCCAUUAAUCCCGAGCAUAUAAGCAAGGAAGUACGGUCUGACGUUAACGGUGGAGAAAUUGUAGAGAAAAUAUAUCCGUCCAAACCUUCGGCAGAAGUUGAAAGAAUGCAAUUUUCGUUCGAAGUAGUACCAAAAUCGGAGCCGUGGUAUCAAACCUAUCAACGGCAAGACGAAGGCGCCGAAUUUUGGCAUUAUUUUAGCGAUGGAGAUACAGGAAGGCCGUUCCUUUUGCCCUAUGAAAUAGAAAACUUCCAUGAGACUAUACUGAGGAAUCAGGCGAAGAAUGAAAACAGGAAAAAAGGUAGAGGUCGUAGUAUGGGCUGCGUCGGACGGUCGCCUAGAAAAAGUCCACGUUGUCAUGCAUCGACGUUGGCUAUAAUGUCUACGAUCAUAAGAAAAAGGGAACAGCAGCAACUCUCUUCAAAUUUGUGUACGAUAGAAGAAUACCGAUCUCCUAAAUCGCAGAUUGAUAGUGCACCGAAAGCAGAUACAAAAGCGGAUUUAAAAUUGGAUUCAAAGACGACCGACAUCGAUGAAGAACUGAAAGAAAUCGCGAAAAAUAUCGAUGAAAUGCUUAAUAUGAGAGACACCUUGGAAAUAGAGGAUGCGUUUGAAACCGAUAAUGCGCAACUCGAGGGGCUAGAGGAGGAGGAUGAUUUCAUCGAGUCAAAUGUACCGAAAGGUCCUCCGGCGAAUCUGUUGGAAUUACUGGACAAUUGUCAUGAACUCGUACCGUGUAUAGAAAACUCAUCGUGCGCAAGCUCGGAGUGUGGCGAAGGAAAUGUCGAGUCGCCCUUAAAACGACGUAAGAAGAGAAAAAAUAGAACGGGAUGGCCUGGAAUUAAAAUACGAAAAAAGUUACAAAAUAAGAUAAUUAUAGGCUCGUACAACGGUGGUCAGGGAAAUUUCAAGAGAGGAGAGUUAUCAAGAGAGAAAAGUGUUGGUCUGUUUGAAGGAAAUGCCGACGCCGACGCCGACGCCGACGCCGACGCCGACGCCGACGUGUCUUUACGAUUGAUGGCAGAUACACGUGCAGAAAUAGUUUUAUCGAAUGGUAGUACAAUGUCAUCUACUACUAGGUACAAUGAAAAGACAUCAAUCGAUAAAAAAAAUAAUAAAAGCACGCCGGAUGAUUGCGAUGAUUCCAGCGUAUCUGCUAAAGUAUCUCUUAAAACGUGUCCCAAAACGUGUCCUAAAACGUGUCUUAGCACGACCGUGAUUAGUAAAAAUAAAAGUAUGGACAAUAGCAGCGGUGUCAAAAAUUGCACCGCCACUGACGAGUUGAAAAUUCCUAAGGUAUUUAGCGAGGCGCAAAGAACUUUGUCGGAUAAGAAUUUUACGUUGGACAUAGAAGAAGAAGUAUCGGAGAACGAUCCUGGAAACGAUGAAAAUCACGAGAAUGUAUUUAGGAAAGAUGUUAACGGUGUUAUAAUGUUAGAACGACCAUUCAUCGCGAAAACGGUCGUAAAGAAACGUCCGCGCAUAAACACAUCCUCGGAGAGCUGCGAAUCGCGUACCGAGAUCGAAAAUCAUGACAUUUUGUUGUCUAGGAAAGACAUAGAUUCUGGCAUAGUGUCGAGAAAGCAUCAUGGCUCCAGCGAAGUGUCUAGGCUAGGACGUCAACAAACUCAUUCGGAAAAUUCUAAUAUCGAUGUAGACGCUCAUAGGAGUGUUUACAGAAGGAGUAAGGUAGGAGUGGUAACGUCUAGGAAACGAGUUAACACGAGGAAACAACGACGAAGGAAUAAUAACGUUCCCUCGGAAUCCGUAUACGAGAGCGAAAAUUGUAAGAAGGAGUCUUAUUUGAGUAUUACUUGUAAGAAGCAAGAAACUAUGAAGAGUGCGAAGAAACAAAGAGACGAAACGAUAGGAUCCUCGAUGGACGUACAAGACUCGGCUGAAUUGGAGUGCGCACUGUCGGAACGUAACACGCCUACCACCACCACCACCGUCGUGCCGCCUUCCGAUUUACAACAAAGACGUUCGAGCAUCGAGUUUCAGCCGGUAGUUAGAAUGAUGAAGAUAGACAAUCCAGUUGACAUGGAUCACAGUAUUUUGUCGGUGACUGUAGCGAGUAAUAGAAGAUUAAGAAGUUCCAAUUCUCAUAGACCGAACGCUCAGCCACCGCGAAAACGUUUGAAAACUGCUCGUGGACAAUUUGGAAGGUGGCUAAAGAGUAGCUGAAAUCUCGAAUAAAUCGCGCCUACGCUACCGCGAAAUUUCGAAAUUGAAGUCCUCUUUUAUGCCGUUUCUUCUUCUUCUUCUUCUUCUUGCCACCAAGAGGCGCUGGAAUUUUGAAAUUUUAUUUACCCAUGUAAAUUAUGUGUAAUAUAGUAUUCGUCUAUGUAGUAUAUAGUAUUUAACAUUACUGACACGUAAAAUCGUAGUAAUACCCUUACUUGAUAUCUCUUGACGGUACACGCGACAUCGCGUCGUCAAACUUCUUGUACAUUCGUCGAAUGCGGUCUUGGAUGUUCUCGGAAUUAAUGUGAGUUUCUUUUUUCUAUACGCGUUAUCUAUUCCCUCCCCCUACCCCCCUCCCAACGCUCGUUUCCACUCUCACAGCGGCUUUUUCGUUUAUAUUAUAAUGUUUGUAACAGGUACAAAGAUAUUCCAUGUAUUAUAUAAACGGUAUUUCUGGAACAUAUGUGACUAAAGAGAAGAGAUUCUUUAAGUGCACGAGACUGCAUACAGCUUUAUAAUAUGUAUAAUCAUAUUCUGUUUAUGCUUCGCAUUAUUCAAGGUAACAUUGUAAAUCCUCGGAGGAAAACAAAAA